AUGUCCGCGUCGCUGCUGAUCGAGGUCGGCAGCAUGGUGCUCUUCGACGCCGCUAGCAACAUCGACCCCCGCCGGGAGGCCGAGUUCGUGCGCACCUGGGAGACGAUCGCUGCUGCCGGCUCGGGGCGACCCGAGACGGUUCGCUUCAAGGCCAACCUCGAGCUGGGAAUCUUUUACUGGACCAAGCAGCGGUGGCAGGCGGCCGUGAACGCCCUGGACGCGGCCAGGGCGCUGCGCCACGAGGAUAGCUGGCCACCGGAGGCGGCCGUCAUCGUGUGGCACUGUCAGCGCAAGAGGGAUAGGCCGGUCGGCGAGAAUCAAGCAGAAGAUUGGAAGAAUGACUAG